ACAAGGACAGGCUGCCUUAUUAUUAGACUACAGCGCAGUUACAGCAACUCGACUGAAUGUGCCCAACUUGAACCCCUCCACAUUCUUUGUAUCUCAAUCUCACCUUUAUACCGCCGCCUACUCUCUCUCAAGGCCUCGUUCUCUCUCGUCUUCUCUAUACCAAGCCAACCUUUGCUAUAUCACUCCUCGUGAGCUCAUCAUGGCGCCAGGUGCUAAUCUUAUAACAAAGCUCAAGGUUCAGCUCAAGCUCACCAUCGCGAGGUUGCGCAUGGUUCAACAGCGCGAUGAGCAGCUUGGAAAGACCGCGCGACGAGCCAUGGCUCAGCUCCUUGAGGCCGGAAAGGAAGACUCAGCCCGCAUUCGCGUCGAGAACAUCAUUCGAUCUGACAUCACCUCCGAGCUUCACGAGAUGCUCGAGCUUUACUGCGAAUUGCUACUUGCUCGUGCUGGGCUGAUGGAAGGUCAUACUGUCGAUCCUGGUUUGGAGGAGGCUAUUCAGAGUCUGAUAUAUGCGGCGCCCAAGACGGAGAUUAAAGAGUUGGCUACGGUGAGGACGCUAUUUGCGGAGAAGUAUGGAAAGGACUAUGUCCUUGCGGCGACGGAGAAUACAGAUGGAAAGGUCAACGAGAAGGUUGUCAAGAAACUCAGCGUCACGCCCCCGCGCGAAGAGCUUGUGGUGGGAUACCUGGAAGAGAUCGCCAGAGCAUACGGAGUAGACUGGCCCAAGCGGGAAGCAGUCUCACCACCCCCCGAACUCCUCGACGACGACGAUGAUGAUGACGACAACGACCAAGGCGGCCAGAAGCAAAAGGUCCUCGAAACACCUCUCGCUGCAGAUUCCAAAGAUCCAGUGUUAAACACACCAGUCAAGAAGCUAGCUGGUGGCGGUCCCACGAGUCCUUUGACAGUGACACCGCCGCGGAUGACGACCGACAACAUACAUCCCAAGGUGACGCUUGGUUCAGUAGAGCUGAAGCCGAGUAAGAAGGCGGAACCAGCAGCGAGAAAGGGCGAGCCUGAUGGAUCGAUUCCGGAUCUUGGGGACUUGGAGAGAAGGUUUGCGGCGCUGAAGAAGCGAUGAGGUGCUAUGGAUGGAGUGUUAAUAUUGCGCCACGUGGAGUUUUUAAGGUUUAUUUUGUUGAUGAACAAGUGUUGUGAGCCUGUGAAUUGUGUUUAAGAAUAUGAUGAUAGUGAGUAGAUGAAUGGUCUAUUCGGUGAGGGUCGCGCUUCAACAUCGUCAGAGUGACUAUGUCGCUGUGCGGGUUCUAUGAUCAGGGGGCAUUGAUACUGAGUGGUGGACAGUGGACUUUGUGUCACACUAUUCACUACGAUUUAACCAUAGAACAAAAGCGUGAUGUUAAUACAAAGGCCUUUGCUAAUUCGGUACCCUACACCGAGAUGCAAGA